GAAAAGUAUCAAAAGUGCCCUCCCCAUGUGGUGGAAUUGACUUGCAGUGACUUGAGAAGUUAAGUAUCAAAGGAGCAGUGGGCAGAAGCUUGCAAUUAUUCAAACUUCCAAUCUCUCUCUCUCUUAAGUCUGUGUCUGAAUUAAAAUUUGUUGAAUUUGAUGUUUGAUUGAUCGGCUACAGAAGGCCAGUGGAGAGAGAUGAUCCGCGAAGAGAGGAGGAGCAGCAGCAGCCGCCGAGAGAGUAGAAAAUGCGAAUUUAGUAAGAAAGAAAAUGUGAAUUUUAUUUCGAAGAUCGGAUCGAAUUCUAAGAUCAGUUUUGCAAAAGAUACCAAGAUGUUGACUGGAAGUUUUGCAGCCAUUGAACUCAAACAGCGUACGUCGGUCGAGCAAAAGGUGACCAGAAAAUUGGAGACGUUUUCGAGGAAGGCCGGCAACAUUGACGUCCCCAGCACCAGCAAGAAAUGGUGUAGGAGCCACACCCGCGGAAGGAGCAAAGGAUGCGAACAGAACUCCAAAGGGAAAUGUGAAUUUGGUAGAAAGAAAGACAAAGGUUUUAUUUCGAAGAUCGGUUCGAAUUCGAAGAGUAUUGCAAAAGAUACCAACAAGAAGUUGAUUCGCUUGAUUGAAAGUUCUGCAGCCAUUGAAUUCGAAGAGUAUAUGUCGGUCGAGCUGAAGGUGACCGGAAAAUUGAAGAUGGUCUCGAGGAAGGCCGGCAACAUUGACGUCCUCGGCACCAGCAAGAGAUGGUAGGCGACCGAUGAGAAGCUACCGGAAAAUCCAAAUCACCCCCAUUUCAGAUUGAUGACAAUGUUGGAGUUUAUUAUUGUUGCAGGGGUAUUUUGGGGAGACUGUUGUUUUAUCCAUCUUCACAUUUACGGUUUGGUGUGUAAAAUAUGGUAUGGAAUUUUAAAUAGAAGUUUGAGUGGUGUUUUAGUAUUUUAAAUAAAAUAAUAAUCUUUAUGUAUUUUUAUUUAUGAAUCAUCCGUCAUGUUUAUAUAUAUAUAUAUA